GAGCCCUAGUCAGCCACACGGUGUGUUACUGUGUUCUAGGUUCUGAUGACUUAGCCAUUCUCCAGUGCCCAGCGGCGCCAAAACCGCUCCUUUUCAUGCAUGCCAACUUCUCUGGAAUCGGUAUUUCAUCGGGCCAAACAAGAGACUGAAAUACUCCGCAUCAAUAUAUACUGAUUCAUAAUUAUGGUUUGGGGCCUCUUCCCUGUUGACCCACUCCCAGGUGAGAAUAAUUACUAUUUCUCCAAUAAAGGAACAUACAAAGUCGGUCGAAAAGGAUGUGAUAUAAUUGUCAACAAAGAUAAAACAGUUUCAAGGAUCCAUGCAGAAAUUGUGAUAGAUGAGAUGAUAUAUUUGGAGAAAGUGAAAAAGCAUUCGGAUGUGGCCUCUAAAGUGCGGAUAAGAGACUGUUCAAAGUAUGGAACCUUCAUCGGCAAUAAACUCACUUCAAAGGUGAAGGUUCACGAGUUUCCAAGUAAGGAAACAACGUUGAACGAUGGGGACCUGGUUUCAUUUGGUACUGGCAGUGCAGUAUAUAGGUUUUCUUUUGUUCCCCUUGUAUUUUUCAUCUGCUCACCAGACAAGUCUAGAGCAAGUCAACUUAUUACCAAGAAUAUAUCAGCAAUAGGGGCCGGCAUUACCAGAAACUGGAGUGCAACUUGCUCACAUGUACUUGUUGAAGACUCCAAUCCAUUAAAAGAAGGACUGGUUGAUGCUAUUGUUGCCAAGAAACCCUUUGUCAAGUCCAGCUGGGUUGAGCUAAUUGCAGGAAAUAGUGUUCUUGCUGACAUUCCAAGCUGCAAUUCUCAUGCUCCAACCUUGAUGUUUGACGGAGCACCGGUCAAAGUUGUUACCCCAGAAAUUCGAGAGAAUUGUUUGAAAAUAUACAAUUUUAUACUGGAAUCAAUUGACAUGUAUAAACUGAAAGACAAACUGCAGUCAUUAUUGGAGGCUAGUGGUGCAAAAGUGUCUUCCAUUGAAACUUUCUGUCCCAAUAGCCAGGGCAUGGAGGAGGAAGGAAAUAAAAAAACUGUGUUAGUAAUUCCAGUUAAACCAACAAGUUCCCAGUACUCUCGUGACCUGUCUUUGUCUAGGGUAAAUGAAAUGGAUUUAGUUGCUGCGGCUAUAUCUGGACAUCUGGAUCCUUCUUUGGUCAUUUCUCCACCAGCACACAUCACUUCUUCAUGCCCUACGGAUGAGAUUGUGGUAGCAGAUUCAGAUGCUGAAACAGGAAGUGACACCGAAUCCGAUCAUGAUACUAUUCCAGUAUGCAUAUUAGAAUCUGAUGAUGAAGAAGAAAACAAGGAAACAACAGCCAUACAUGCUAUUAAAUCUGUAGAGAAUAAUAAGAAACAUGAGAUUAAGUCCAUGGAAGAUGAUCAUGAGAGGGUUAACAGUUAUGUCGCAGCAAAAUCAAUUGAACAUGAUGGUGAUGAGAUUCCUGACAACAAUUCUUCUGUUAAAAAGUUAGAAGGGGGCCAAAGCAAGAGGGUUAACAGUUACGUCACAGCAAAAUCAAUCAAACAUGAUGGUGAUGAGAUUCCUGACAGCAAUUCUUCUGUUGUAAAUUUAAAAGGGGGCCAAAGCAAAAUGUUAGGAGUCAAAGCCGGUAUUAAAACGUCAAACAGAAGUGAAACUGACAACUCACAAAGUGGGAACUCAGAUAUUAUAUACAGCCAAGCUUUGAUUAUUAGAGAUUAUGAUAUACGAGCUUCAGUGAAUCCUACCACAAAUGGAGUAACAGAUUUUAAACGCUUCAGAAAGACAACAGUUCCAUCAGGCAAUAGCUUUAGCAGCCUCGUUCCAUUUUCGAAGUUCCCAUACAAAGAAUCUGACUAUGACAAUGAGGAAGUGGUUGAAUCUUUAAAAGAAGAAAAAAAGAGAAAACAAAUGGAGGCUAGGGCAGAGGACUUGUUUAAUGAUGAGAAGAAGAAGCGCAUCCGAGCAGUGGGUUCCCUUCAUGGAGUUUUUGCACGUGCGUAGGGAGUGACUUCCUUACCGAAUCAAAAAACAUUACAAUGCCGAUUAGAGCUUUAAUUGCUUGUAAGUUUCACUUUUCAACCCAGGCUUUGUUCGGAAACAACCAUUUGUUGUUAGCGUUUUGAAUUGUUUUUUAACGAUACAAAUUAACUUUGAAAGCACUAAAGUUGAAGGCUAUCG